AUGAAGCUUUUUGUGGGAAUACUGUUGCUUUUACUUACUCUCUGCCUGGCUGAUGAUUCGUUAUUCGAACCAGGGACUCCAGAGAAUCCUAAGGAAGAUCUCCCAUACAAUGAUGACGUGAUGGUGAAAACGCUCUAUAUGCCUGAAGACUGUUCCGACAUGGCUAUGGAUGGUGAUUCUUUGGGAGUACACUACACUGGGUAUUUGUACAGAGAUGGAAAGAAAUUCGAUUCAUCUCUUGAUCGUCACCGUAUUUUCCCUGUGACACUGGGAGCAGGUCGAGUCAUAAAGGGAUGGGAGAAAGGACUUUGGGGAAUGUGUGUUGAGGAAAAGAGAAGACUUGUGAUUCCUGCUGGAUUGGCGUACGGAAACCGCGGAGCAGGAGAUCUCAUUCCUCCAGGUGCUACCUUAAUCUUUGAUGUGGAGCUGAUUGGAAUCCGGGGCAAGGGCAAAUACGCCGACAAGUGGAAUGUUUGUUAG